CCGGCUGGUUGUUGUGGGCUCUUUUGCGCAAGCGCGGGAGCAGAGAGGAGGACUGCAUCUGUUGGUGCUGCGCGCACGCGCAUUGGCGCGGGCAUAGGCCUUGUGUGUCUGAGUCGGUGUCGCCAGAGGGGCGGGUAAAGACUGGGCGCGUGCGCGCACACGCAUACAUGCAUACAUACAGUACAUACAGAGAGAGAAGGGGAAAGGCUGUUCAAUGAUUUCCGGCCCUCAGAGCGCGGGUGCGCGCGGCCGGAGCAUGAGCAGCCGCCAAGUGUGAGGGCUCGGGAGGGCCGGGACCCGGGCUCCCUGCCCGCCAAGGGAGCCGGGAGCGAGCGAUGGUGCGGAGUGGCCGGGGGGAUGGAAGCUGCGACACCGCUAAGGCGCAGUUGUCCCGCCGCCUCCGUCCCCUCCUCGUCCUCCUCUUUCCUUUCCUUCUGCUGCUGUCGCCGGCGGCCGUGGGCUCUGAGGUUCUGAGAGGCCCUCCCGAGGCGCCCCUUCCCGCCACCGGGCCCGGCCUGAGCGUUUACAUGAGCCAGGAGGAGGUGCGGCGCCUCAUCGGUAUUGAUGCAGAACUUUAUUAUGUGAGAAAUGAUCUUAUCAAUCACUACGCUUUGUCCUUUAAUCUGCUUGUACCAAGUGAGACAAACAGCCUCCAUUUCAGUUGGCAUGCUAAAGCCAAGAUUGGAUAUAAACUGGGAUUUCAGGUUGAUAAUCUAUUGGCUAUGGAUAUGCCACAAGCAAAUAUUUCUGAACAAGGAGAAGUCCCUCGUACCUUAUCAGUGUUUCGGGUGGAACUCUCUUGCACUGGCAGAUUAGACUCUGAUGUUACGGUACUAAUGCAGCUCAACAUGACAGUAAAUGCUUCCAAAAAUAUCACAGUCUUAAAUUUCAAACGAAGGAAAAUGUGCUAUAAAAAACUUGAGCUUGAAGUAAAACCACCAGUAUUGGACAAAAAUAGCAGCAAAGCUGUUUUUGAUCCUGUAAAUGCAGCUCCUACCACUUCUACGCGUGUGUUUUAUAUCAGUGUAGGAGUUUGCUGUGCAGUCAUAUUCCUGGUAGCAAUAAUACUAGCUGUUUUGCAUCUUCACAGUAUGAAGAGAAUAGAAUUGGAAGACAGCAUUAGUGACAGCAUUAGUUCUCAAGGCUUAUCCCAGCCUUCGACUCAGACAACACAGUACCUGAGGGCUGACACACCUAACAAUGCAACACCAGUUACUAGCUCCUCAGGUUAUCCUACAUUACGAAUAGAGAAGAAUGACCUUAAAAGUGUAACCCUGAUGGAGGCGAAGGUUAAAGUGAAGGACAUAGCAAUCUCCAGAGAGAGAAUAACACUGAAAGAUGUUCUUCAAGAAGGCACAUUUGGGCGAAUUUUCCAUGGAACUCUAAUAGAAGAGAAAGACCCUACUAAAGAAAAGCAAGUGUUUGUCAAAACGGUAAAAGAUCAAGCCUCAGAAGUUCAAGUGACAAUGAUGUUGACAGAAAGCUGUAAACUCAGAGGUCUUCAUCACAGAAAUCUGCUCCCCAUCACUCAUGUUUGUAUAGAGGAAGGAGAAAAACCCAUGGUGCUUUUGCCUUAUAUGAACUGGGGGAAUCUCAAACUGUUUUUGCGACAGUGCAAACUGGUAGAAGCUAACAAUCCACAGGCAAUUUCACAACAAGAUCUUGUACAUAUGGCUAUUCAGAUUGCUUGUGGAAUGAGCUACUUGUCCCGAAGAGAGGUCAUUCACAAAGACUUGGCUGCACGAAACUGUGUCAUUGAUGAUGCACUUCAGGUGAAGAUUACAGACAAUGCCCUGUCCAGAGAUCUAUUUCCCAUGGAUUAUCAUUGCCUUGGAGACAAUGAAAACAGACCAGUGCGGUGGAUGGCUCUUGAAAGUUUAGUUAACAAUGAGUUUUCUGGAGCUAGUGAUGUGUGGUCUUUUGGAGUAACCUUAUGGGAAUUGAUGACUUUGGGACAAACUCCAUAUGUAGAUAUCGACCCCUUUGAGAUGGCAGCCUACUUAAAGGAUGGAUACAGGAUAGCUCAGCCAAUCAACUGUCCUGAUGAAUUAUUUGCUGUGAUGGCGUGUUGCUGGGCACUAGAUCCUGAGGAGAGACCUAAAUUCCAGCAGUUGGUGCAGUGCCUCACUGAGUUUCAUGCAGCAUUGGGAGCCUAUGUCUGAUACCAGGCGCACACACAUACACACACACACACAGUUCUACUUGGGAGCGGACACUUUGUCCACAUAAAAGUGAAAUGUGUUUUUUGCAUCUAUUUAUAUAUACCAUAAUAUCUAUCUAAAACACAUUACUUGGAAGUAAGCCCCACUGAUUUCAGUGUACUUUCCGUAUAAUGUGAGCAGGAUCAGGGAGCCAUGGUGUGAAGCAGCAUCACUAACCAGAAGAGGAUCUUCUUCCAAAAUCACUGUGCCUUAAUAAAACAGUCUGGGUUUUUGUAAGAUUAGUUUUUAUUCUACAUGUGGCUUAAGUGGAAAUAAGACAUUUUGAUUUCCCAAAAGAAUUACUGAAAUGUAAGUAUAAUGGACUGGAUUGUGAAUUGGAUGAAUUUAGGCACUGUUAAAGAAGCUCCAAACUUAAUUUCAGAGGUGCUUGAAUUGAUGUAUUGGAGUGUUCAUGUAAAAAUCUAAAGUGGCAAAAAUCAUUCCCCCCUUUCCUCACACCCCAAAAAAGACUUGUGUGUUGCAGCUUCAGAUAUUUAAAAUGACUUGAAUGAUUUUGGUUUCAGGUUUGUAGUUGGAAUAGCCCUUUAAAAAAAAAAUCAGUUGCUUUUCUUUUGAGAUGACAGCACAAUAUGGUUGGAACCACAAGUGGCCUUUUAUUAUGUUUUGAUCCCAUUCUUCAACAGCAGUUCUUGUCUGGGGGGCCGGAAGCUUACUUCCAAGAUGCAUUAUCACCUCUUAAAAAUGACAAGCAGUUCUGUAAAACUGGUUCAAAUUUUCUUCGGAGUAAAAUGGAGCCUCACAUUACAUGGUUAAAUGCAGAAAGGAUGUUUCAAGUGCUAAGAGGCCUUCAGAGAAGUGCCAAAGUAGCUCUCUAUUAGGAUCCUUUCACAGACUGUAGAAUGCAGAUUUUCUUGUUAAAAAGGUACUGGUUUAUGUGUUUAGGAUUUUUUAUGACCUGAAAAGGAAUAAAAUAUAUAAAUAUAUA